GGUAAUGACGUGGCAGUGCGCAGGCGCCAGAUCCGGCAGCAGGCUGACUGACACUGAGCGCCUCUGGUGAAAGUUCCGGUUCGGUCGCGGAGAAGUGUGUGUACUGGACUCUCAGCAUGGGGCUGACCCUGUCCUCUCUGUUCGGGAGACUGUUCGGGAAGAAACAGAUGAGAAUUCUGAUGGUGGGUCUGGAUGCUGCAGGUAAAACCACAAUAUUGUACAAACUGAAACUUGGAGAAGUUGUGACUACGAUCCCAACUAUCGGGUUUAAUGUGGAGACUGUGGAGUACAGGAACAUCUGCUUCACUGUGUGGGAUGUUGGUGGGCAGGAUAAAAUCCGUCCUCUGUGGAGACACUACUUCCAGAACACACAGGGUCUGAUCUUCGUGGUGGACAGUAACGACCGAGAGAGAGUGGCGGAGUCUGCUGACGAGCUCACAAAGAUGCUGCAGGAAGAUGAGCUGAGGGACGCCGUGCUGCUGGUCUUUGCUAACAAACAGGAUCUGCCCAACGCCAUGCCAGUCAGUGAGCUCACAGAUAAACUGGGCCUGCAGAAUCUGCGCAGCCGAACGUGGUAUGUUCAGACCACGUGUGCUACGCAAGGACACGGGCUGUAUGAAGGACUGGACUGGUUAUCCAACGAGCUGUCCAAACACUAGUGCUGUCCAUCACUUCACACACCGAGAGAGCGCGUGCGUGCGUGUGAGCGUGAGAUUGAAAGGGUGAUCUAUCUAUGAACUCUGUUCUCAAGAAUCAGUGUGUGAUGUAUGGGACUAAAAGUAGGGGGAGGGGCUAGACGAACCAAGCGCUACCACCACCAUGGUUCUAUUUUUUUUCUCUCAUUUCCUGUACUCUGUCACUUGUUGCUUUGUUUUAUUGCAGUGAUCUAUUUUCUUAGUAGUGAGAUACGGUGGGCGGAGUCACUUGAUCCAUUUCUUUGAUUUCUUAUAAAUGGACAUGGCACGCCCACUUUUUGUUCAGCACACAGUGCACUGAUUACGUAAUAAAAAAGCAGCAAGACUGUUUUAAGUUGCACCAGUUGAACUUUGUAGAUAUGCAUUGUCACUCAAGUUCGAGUUAUUAAAGCAUACACUUGUACCAAAGUAGAUUAUAAGAACAUAUGGCCUCGUUAAUUAAACUAAUUAGUUAAUUCUAAUCACUCAUGUCAGCAUACUGUAAGAAUAGUGUUUAUUUAUUCAUUAACCAAUUAGUGUUGAUAAUUAGCUGUUUGAAUUGAAAUAUUUCUACAGGAAGAAAUUACAUCAAAUAAGCUUUUUCUGUUCAUUUAAAAUAUAAACACUGCAGGAGAAUUGUGCUUAUACAAAAACUCAGCCCCUCCUCUUUUGAUCACUGGGGGUGGGGCUAAUUUACAGCCUCCAUAUCAUAUGAAUCGUGGUUUUGUAAAUGAUGUGGAUGGUAAACGUCUUGAGACACUUAAAAAUGAAGAACUGUACCUUUAACACUGUUUACACCCUGAAUUACAAUUUAACCUGAAGGAAAGCUCCGCCCUAAAACAUUUGCAUAUUAUAUUUGGUCCUUCAGUCUGUCCAGCUCUCUCUCUCUCCUCCUCCUCCUCAUCUGUACACUCUGCUCAAACGCGUCAACUUCCAGAACUUCAGCUUUGGGAUGUACACCGUCACCAUCGUUCAUCGUCUCCUGCAUCACUAACUCGCAGAAUCGUGAAGCUGCAGUGCAUUCUGGGACUUUGAGUCCAGCGUUUACUCAAUCUGCUCUGCUCCGUGACAUCAGAGUGAUGCAUAACCACUACUGUCUCACCAGAAUAACAAUGCAGCACCAAGUAACACGUUAUUACCACAAUCACUCAACACAUAAAUAUUUCAGUAUAAAUGGAUGCCACAUGUCUCAGGGUGGAGUUGAAGUUCAGCUGGUGCAGCUGGUUUCUGUUCUUUUUACAGCCCAGAUGUUUCUGCUUUAGACUUAAACAGCUGUGUAAUAAAAGUUGUUUGUUGGAGGAAGACACCAGCUCUGUGGAUUAGAGCAACACAUUUAAUGAUGUUUAUAACUGGAGCUGUGAAGCGUCUGAAGGCCACCAGAACUUUUAAAUGAAAUCAAGUCUUUUUUUUUUUGCACUCUUAACAUUCCAUACUGAAUCAACUUCAUAUGAAUUUAUUUCCUGUUCACUUCCUUAAACCAGGGUCUGAGGUUUAAUGUGAAACUUCCUGAGUGAUGAGUGGAUCAGCUCGCGAGGAUCAUUUUUUUUCAUUUCUGCUGUACAUUUUUUUUGUCUUCCUCUUAGUUCAUGUCCUCUGUGUCUCUGCUAUCGGUGUUAAUGUGAGUUCCUCAAGUGCUGCUGUUCACAUUUGAGGUUUUUUGGGUUUUUUUUUUUUUUUUUGGUGGGGGGGUGAUUGAAUUCCUCUGUUGAAUGUAGUGUGGCCCUUUCAGGUGUGUUCCACACACACUUUCCUUUUCAUUUAUCAGGUGAUGUGUGUAUGUGUAUGUACGGUCUUGUUUUAGAAUAAAACUUCAUUAAAACAA